UUUUCUUAAUUUUCAUAUAUUUAAGAAUACACACAGAAAAUUGCAUACCGUUCCGAUGAAUAUUUUCGAAGUUACAUGCAAAUAUAAAAAGGCGUUUUUGAGCGCUUGGAAGUACAAGGCCGGAGCGGCAAUGCGUUUUUCUCAGAAUAGUGUUUUUAAAGUCGGUGAGCAACAUUAUUAGAAAACGGCUAAGCCGAUUAAUAGUUAACACGAGCUUUUAUUUUGUUUAUUCCUUCGAUUAAUUACUAGAUUUAACAUAACUUAACGAAAUCUGUUUGGGUUUUUAAUUUCAGAUGAUCCAGUACAGAAAUAUAGUAUUCACCGCAAAACGACAAAAAUCGUUGGAAAUCAAACCAUUAAAAAUCUUUUCGGACCAGCUUGGAAAUGAAAAUAUUGUUCGAAAACCCCAAAAACCAUGCACAUACUUCAGCACACAGCAUGAGAUCCAUCUAUUAAAAACAAGCGUUUAAUAAAACCGACACCAUUAACUGCUGCGAAGGCCUUGUACUUGAAAUAAAACAGUAUUGAGUACCACUUUUAACGGCACGGCGCCGUUAUGGCAAAUUUUAGCAGGCAGCAAAGUGGAUAGCUGCCAACAAGAGCAACGAGCAGUCGUUAUAAUUUUUAUUAAGCGAUAAAAGGUGAACUAUUAAAACGCAUAACUACAAUCACCACGGUGACAAACAGCUGCGGCUUCGCAACUGGCGUAAUUUGUUGGAAACCAUGCGGUUGCAAACAAAAUUAGCCGCAUUAGAAAAAUGACGAGAGCGGACCGUUAAAAAAAAAAACACAAGGAAUUCAAUAAAUGUACAGCGCUGCCACAUAUUCGUCGUUGACUGUCUUUGGUAAGAGUGACUCGGCGGGAAAACGGUGAAAGAAGUUAACAGCGCAAAAGACAGUGUAUAACGCGACGCUGUUUGCCACUCAUUUCAUUGUUAAAUAACUUGGCACGUUUUGGAGAUUUAAACGUUUGAAGGAAUGCAGGCAUACUACAUAUUACAUAGCUACGUAGACACAAUUGGCGACCAAGCAACGGUAUUAAUGAAUGAAUGUUAAAAAAAUGAAGAAGAAUGUUGAUUGUUUGCGGUUCACACAAUAGUGAUAAAUUGACUGGUGGGAUGACGGUAGAAAGUCAAUGCGUAGAAAGCGGUAAACAAGCUGAUGAAGUGGAUGAAAAUUAAUGAGAAAAAGAGAUGUCGAUCGUAUAUAGAGAAUUGCAGAAAGAGGAUACGAGUAAAGGGUGUUUCACUUGCAACUAAGCUAUUAUGCAUGUCACUAUCAGCCAACAUGAUAUGGAUAAACAACAGCAACAAAGGUAAACUCAUAUUAAUUUUUAAUAAAUGUCUGCAACUAUAUUAUGUAUUAAGUUUAUGUAAUUCGAUGGCUUAAAUAAUUUUAAUACUUACCCUGCAAGCCACCUAUCGUUUAAGUCAUCGGUUUAUUACCCAACAGAGCUACCAGAAACUUCUGUUCUAAUUUCUAUAAGUUUCUUAAACCCAAUUGACAAUUCUAACCAGAAGUUUUGUGUAUGUUUAAUCGUUUAUCAUUUUCUUAAAGAAGGUAUGUGUUAAUUUCCGCGUUACUUCUUUGGAUGUUUCCGAGCUCGGUUUCUGUGACUUUCUAUGUAAAUUGAACCAAUUAUUUCAAAACACAAAAUAUUUAUGUCAAAAAAGUAAAUAUAGUUGGUAAUAACAUUUAACAUAUAUAUGCGCGUUGGCAACGCGAUCGACCAUAGCCCUUCUCUUUGACAAACACUAGCUAGCAAUUCUAUCAAAAACACAAAACAAAGUGAAUUGCAAUUUAAUACAUCCGCCAUUAAGAACUAUUAUAAAGGCAAACAUUGAAAAUAAUAGUUUUAAACGCUUUUACAUGGAUAUGAAAUAGUUUAAAGUCAACACCAAUAUUAUUAUAACUUCUUGUGGUAAAAAUAUAAAGGACAUAAUAAGUCGUUGGUACUUAUUUUGGUGAGUACAAAUUACCGGCUAGCAACAAAAAUAUAAAAAAACGAAACAGUUUUUUUAUAAACGCAACUGGGGGCGUGAAGUUUAAAAUAUAUAUUAAUUAUUUGCAACUAAGGGCGAACACAAAACCCUAUAGCGAUAACAUAAAAGGAAUAGAAGAAGCGUAAAGGGUUUUCGUAACAGACAUGACGCCCUUCGAUGAUUUCGCAUAUCUGAUUAAUCAUGUAUUGUUGGGCGAUGAACCGACGAUUGAGGAUUUUAUACUCCUGGUGGGCACGCUGGUGGCGUUUAUAGCGUUUGUAUUGUGGUGUUGUUUUCCCAUACAACCGAAGGAUGGUACUAAUCAUCGGCAGUUCUCUUGCAAAUCCCUACAAAAUUCACUUGAGUCUGCACAGGUGCAUAGCAGUUACAGUAAAUUGGCGUAUAACGAAUACACAAUGAAAAGUGGCGGACAUGUCUAUCAUUGUUGUACUUAAUUAAGAAGCGACGACGUAGUCCACGUGCGUGCGUAAUAAUUGAAGAAUUAAUACAAAUUAAUACAUUUCAAUUUAUGCGGUAGUCGUAGCGAAGCGAAAAUCCUGAAAAAAAACACGCUAACGUAUUUUGCAUAGUAAAACAAAAUGAAUUUCAUUAAAAGAGUGAGCCAACUACCCAAAAUGUAGGUAAAAAAACUUAAAAUCGAAUAAGUAAGAAGCAAGUGCUAAAGGACUUCUAUAAAAACAUAUUUAUUAUAUAGUUAUUUUUAAUUAAAUUUAAAAAAGGUAAAGCAGUGAAAGUCAAAUAUAUUGCCUAUACAUUAUUAAUAUAAAAUUUAUUUAUUUAUUUAGUAUAGUUGUAGUAUGGAAUAAUAAGAAUAAUAUGUUAAGUUCUAACUUAGAUGAAAAAAAGGCUGCGCCUCGCUAAAGCGACGUUCGUAAUGUAAAAUGAACUUUAAAUGACAAAGCAUGAAUAAUUUAAAUAUUUUGACAUGCCUUUUCGCUGCAAUUGAAAUCGCGUGUAAAUAAAAUAAUUUAAUUGUAAUAAACGCAUUAAUUAAUGAAUGACACAUAAAUAUAUAUACAGUACAUAUUUACUAAAUUGAAUACAUAUACAUAUACAUGAUACCAAAUGCAAGAAAUAACAUUAGAAAACUAAAUAUGUCUUAAAAGUAAGGAAUUAUUUGCUGAAGGUGCUUUUCCGCUUUAUUUUGAUUAUUAUUAUUAUUAUUUAUUUAAAAGCUAAUUUUUUAAGCGAAAACAAAAUUUUUUUAUAUUAAUGACAAUUUUCAUAUAAUAAUUUUUAUAUUUAUUUUAUGAUCUAAUUAUUCGAACAAAAUGUGGCAUACGUUGUACCAAUAUUUUAAGCGAAAACAAACAUUUUUUAUAUUAAUGACAAUUUUUAUAUUUAUUUUAUGAUCUUAUAUUCGAAAACAAAGUGGCAUAACCUCAGUAUUUUCCAAAUUUCGUGGAAUCUGGUAUUUAUUACACUGUAAAUAAACGCAAAUUUUCUUCUUGUUGAGAUUAUAUUUUGUUUAUAUAGACUUGCCUUUGAA